GGGGCAGUUGGUUCUACAGCUCCUCCGACGUGAUGGGCAUUGAAGUGAGCUGUGAGGCCUACACUCACUUUGUGGAAACUCACGAUAUUUAUGUUGAUGACCGAGAGCAACAUCGGGAAGAACUGCAUGGAGCUCUAUGGGAAGCUUGCAGCAAAGGCGAAGUGAAUAAAGCCAGACAGCUAAUAAAACAACUAGGAAGAGAAACUGAGCAAAUCAUUAAUUCCACUCCCAAUGGUUGCAGCACUUUGCUUUUCAAAGCUUGUGAGGAAGGUCAAAAGGAAAUUGUGAAGUUGCUAUUAGAGAAUGGUGCAGACGGGCGCAUCCAUCCUGUUACGAAAUAUUCUCCGCUGUACAUUGCAUGCUACUAUGGUCGUAAAGACAUUGCAGAAAUUUUGAUUAAGAAAUUUCCAGAACUGGUUAAACUUGCUACUGUAGAGAAAUGGCUUCCAACUCAUGCCGCUGUAAUCAAUGGCCAUUUGGCUGUUUUAGACCUUUUGUUAAGAUUUUCCUAUGAUGGUUCUCUUCUCCAUAAAUUCAUGGAUAAGACUCUUCAGUGGGAAUAUUUUUUUCCUUUUGAUAUCAAUGCAAAAGAUGUCACAGAGCAAACAAUUUUGUAUGUUGCUUGCCUUAUCGGAAACCAGAGAAUUGUAGAUUUACUGCUCAAAUUUAAAGUUCCUGCUAAGAAAAUUGUAAAUGACGAUGCUAGUCUUGAUGAAGAGAAGAAAGGUGAAAGUCAAAAGUCAGAGCUUAAUGUUAGUCCAACGAAAAAACGUCUUUCAAAUGGCAUCCAGAGCAUGAUAUCAAAAUUAAGCUUAAGGAACAAUGCUGAAAAGGAAGAAGAACGAAAAGAAACUGAAAUAUCACCGGUGGAUUUAGAUGUUUAUUGUAAUAACAACACAGAAACUGCACUUCAUAUUGCUGUCAAAAAGAAAUAUCAUAAUAUUGUGUUAAUUUUAUUGCAAAACGGAGCUAACCCUAAUCUUAGCAUCAAACAAUCAGCUGAGGAGAUCAAUCGUGCCAAUGAGAAUUCAGGAUCAUCUUCUACAGCACUAGUUGAAGCUUGUAAGAAUCGAGAUGUAAAUAUGGUAGACUGUCUAGUUCGCUAUGGUGCUCGCGAUGAUAACUGCAAAGCCUUAAAAGUUGCUAGCUCAAAUAAAGAUGAAUAUAUUGCAUCUAAGUUAUUAACUUUGAAAGCAUAUCAGGAUCCAGAAUUCAAAAUAAAUAAAAAAGCUCUUGAAAUUGUUCCAUCAACGCAUUUAGGUGGACUAUUAGGAAGUGUAACUUUUAGCUCAAUGUUUCCCACGACCCCUGUUAUGAUUAACUGGCAUGGGCAAAAGUGUUUACACUAUAUAAAAGAAGAGUGGCUUAUAAAUGCAAGCAUGGCCCACAAUGUAAAACUGAAACUUACUUCUCGAAAUCAAAGCACUGCUUUGAUGGCCAUCACUAGGUUAGACAUAUCCAACAAUCAAUUGACAGAACUUCCACUUUGCAUUUUUCAGAUGGCCUCUUUGAGGCACUUCAAUGCUGCUAACAACAAAAUUUUUAAGUUGCCAGAAGCUGGCAAAGACUCUGCAUCUCCUAAAAGCAAACGUGAUAACAGAACUGGGUUACAGUCUGGUUGGUGUUGUCCAGUACUAGAAGAAAUUCAUUUGCAUGAUAAUAGAUUGGACAGUGUACCAGCUUGUUUAUUUACAUUGCCUGCUCUAACCGUUUUGGACUUGUCAAACAACAAGUUGCAAUCUUUACCUUUCAAAAUGUGGUUUGCACCAAAGCUAAGAGAACUGAAUCUCUCACUGAAUAUGCUUCAUGAUUUGCCUUCCAAACCACCACCAGCACGAUCGAUUUCAGCAUCACGCCUUGCUCCAAGCAUAUCAGAAGAUUUGGUUAAUUCAACUGAUUCUAGUCCACGUCACUCAACAAUUGAUUCCUCAUCUUUUGAUGGCUCAGCAGAUAUACCUAACAUUCUCUCUCCUACCCAAGAAUAUGAUAGAUUCAAAGUAGAUGGAGAUUUAAGACAGCAAGAACUACUGCAUCACAAUUUGUGGAGUUCAACGGUCAAGAUUGUUGAAUCUGCUGAUGAUAGCGAAACAGACAAAAAUCAGAAAUGUCAACUCUCUGCUCUGAAUCUGGCUCACAAUGCCUAUGAAGCUGUUCCACCUAUUUUAUCUUGUUUUGCUGUCAAUUUGGCGCGGCUCAAUAUGAGUUACAACAGACUUACAGAAAUGGGACCAGUCAGUAGCUAUCCAUCCUGCCUUAAGCAUUUAGAUCUGUCUCAUAAUCACAUAAAGUCUUGGCUGUCCUUAAGAAGAGUGGAUCCUGACAUUAAUAUGGAUGGGACAGGAUGCUACAGUCAGUUUGAAAUGCCUGUUAUGAAGAUGAAAUCAGCUGGCUCUACCAGUUCAGGUAGAACACAAUCUCCGUCAUUACACUCAUGGGGUUCUUCCAAGUCCUUAUCUGGGUCAGUUUGCCAACAUAGACGCCACAAUAGGCUGGACAAUCUUCGAACUCUAAUACUUGCUGAUAACUGUCUGGACCGAUUAGUGCUGAUGUUAGAUGAAGAUGAUUUUGAAGAGGAAGAUUCGAAAUCAUCCGAGUCAUUUGAAACAAUUGAUUCUACUGGAAAAGUGGUGCAAGCUGAAACAAAGAGCAAAAUUUUGUUCCCUAGUCUUUCGAUGCUUGAUGUCAGUAACAAUAAGAUAUCUGAAGUUCCGGCCAUUGUCUCAGAAUUCAGUAAUCUCUCUGUCCUAAACUUGAGUGGGAACAUUGAUAUUUGCCAUUUGCCACCAGAAAUGGGUUUGUUGAGCAAGUUGUGGAACUUGAAUACUCGAAUGUGUAGCUUGAGUGAGCCUUUGCGAAGCAUGAUUGAGAAUAAAAAAUACAAAACAAUGGAUGUCAUUGGAUAUUUAAAAUCUAUUCUAGAAGAUGCCAAACCAUAUGCAAGAAUGAAGUUGAUGAUUGUUGGAAUAGAAGGAAUUGGUAAAACAUCUCUUCUUGAGCAAUUGAGGCUUGAAGGUACCGGAACAUACCGAAAAAAGCCACCCGAGCACUGGGCAAAGCGCAUGGGAAACAAAAAUAUCAAUUUGAAAACUUCUAAAGGAAUCAACAUAUCAACUGUUGGAGUAGAUGUUGGAGAUUGGAUGUAUGAGAAAAAAAUUCGCGGGCAAUCAAGUUAUGGACCAGUAGUAUUCAGAACAUGGGAUUUUGGUGGACAAAAAGAAUACUAUGCUACCCAUCAGUAUUUCCUGUCCAAAAGAUCUUUGUAUUUGGUGACUUGGCGGAUCAUUGAUGGUGAAAGAGGAGUGGAUGGUAUUUUGCAAUGGUUAGUCAACAUACAGGCUCGGGCUCCUAAUGCUCCUGUAAUUAUUGUGGGUACUCAUUAUGAUCUCGUGAAAGAAAGAUUUCCCUCCUCGUACUCGGAAGACCUGCAGCAAAUGAUAAGAGAUCGCUUCAUCAAUGUGGUCGAUGCUGAUAAAUGUGGGCUUCCGAGAGUCAUUGAUACUAUUGAAAUUAGUUGCAAAACAAGACAUAACAUAAAGUUGCUUUGUAACCUCGUUUACGAUACUGUGUUUGACUUAAAAUGUCCAGGUAGUAAAGAAAGACUUUUGGAGCAAAAGAUUCCUGCCACAUAUUUAGCACUGGAAGAUGUUGUUGGACUUUUGGCUGUGGAUCGCCACAUUCAGGGCAAAGAUCCAGUCCUGAGAACUGAUUCAUAUAGGUCUUUAGUUAUGCAGGAAAUGAUGAGUCGUUACAAUAUUGCUUUCAGGGAUAUUUCAGAACUGAAUCAAGCCACAACAUUUUUGCAUGAAAAUGGAAUUUUACUGCAUUAUGAAGAUGCCACCUUAAAGGAUUUAUACUUCUUGGAUCCACAAUGGUUGUGUGACAUGCUUGCUCAUGUGGUCACAAUCAGGGAAAUAAAUCCAUUUGCAAGAAAUGGAAUCAUGAAAAUCGAGGAUCUGAAGCAUGUAUUUAAAUCAUCACAGUUUGCUCCAUCUGAUGCCCAGACUUAUAUCUUAAAUUUGUUAAACAAAUUUGAAGUUGCUCUGACAUGGGAUAAUCGGACAAUUAUAAUUCCAUCUCUUCUACCUUCUGAGGAACAAAUUAGAGCAGGAUUCCCAGGUUGUGAUGUUCGGGUUCCAGUUAGAUCUAGAGUGUGGGCAAUGCGCAAAAGCUAUGGAAACAGACACUCUGUUGGUAGUGCGCCUCUCACACUCAAACUGACAACUACUGAAAGACGACCUCAGAGACCUCUGAGUGAAGUGCCUUUAACCGCAGAAAGCAUUGGGACGCCUAAAAUAAGUGACCCUCUGGAGAAAGAUUCUGAAAACAGCUCUUCUGUCACCUGUUAUGUGAGACAUAAAACUCAAAUUGACAAUGUGAUUCGUAGGCUAUUGCUUAUGUCCUAUUUCCCAAGUGGGUUUUGGCCUCGGCUGAUGACCAGAAUGCUUGCUGAUGACAUUGUUGUUGAAAUAAUUCGAUCCUACUUUCUUCUACCGAAGGAUGUUGAUAUGGAUCCUAUGCUUGCUGCUGUUUUCAACCGUCGUGCUGAGUGGAUCUGUUGGCAAACGGGAAUGGAAUUGAGAUACUUGGACACAACUUUGUUUCGAAUGAAAGAACACCUGAGUCACCUAAAUAAUGCACCAUUUGAAUAUCGUCAGAUGAAAUUCUUUGUACAGCAGGAAGGCAGUUGGAGCGAUAUUGAAAUCAUCAAUUCUGCAAUUUUGGAAAUAAUUUUGCCCAAUCAGACUGUUGUUAUCCAGAUUCCAAAAGUAGAUUCAGAAGGAAUUAUUGUGGCUUAUGAUAAUGUGGAGUUACAGCCCAACUCUGAAUGUGUUGCUAAACUUUUGUCCGUUUCGGUUGAUCAUAUUGAUACUCUGUUGGAGGAUUGGUAUCCAACUUUGGGUACCAGAUUUGUUCAUACAUCUGAAGGCAAAUUUUUGGUUACCAGACUUGUUCCUUGCACUCAGUGUGUUGUUGCACACAUUAAGGAAGAGACAGGGUUUUCUGACAAAGGCCAUUUCUCAGUUACUGAUCAUGCUUGGGAGCCUGGCCCCUGGCAUGGAGAGCCACCUUGGAAAAGUGGAACUGAGUCUUUUGCUUCGAGGAAUCUUUCUUCUGGAAGCAGUAAAUUGUCUUGUUCUCCAAAUUUAGCCCAAAGAAAUAGAGGAUCUCGAAGCAGCACCAUGUCACAUGAUAGUGACAGUGGCGUUGGCCCUGAUAGCAACAGCUCUAGUCGGAAGCCUUCAACUGAAAGCAGACCUGAAGGUGAAAUUCUCUCGAGUACUGAGAAUAAUAUGGGCAUUGAACCACUUCCAGAGACUGUCAUAUACAGCUUUAUGGUCGAGGAAUGCAUUUUAACUGCAUAUGAACAGCGGUCCCUUCAGUGUCCUUUGCAUGGAAAUCAAUCUCUUCUUCAAGCUGCUCCAGACUCAGUUUUCAUUGACCUUGGAGAGCGCUAUCUGAUUCCUCCAGAUUCUGUGCGCAGAGGAAAGAUGUUGGGGCGAGGAGCUUUUGGCUUUGUAUUUAAAGCAAACAUCAAACAAAGAGGUUGUAACACUUAUACAGAAGUUGCAAUGAAAAUGUUGCAACCUGUUGAUCCUGGUUUUGGAGCAAAAGCUUCAGAUACUGCAGCAUACAAAGCUGCAUGGAACAAGUGGCAAAGAGAUCCGUUACAAUAUGCAUGCAAAGCAUACUGCACGGCCCGCCAAGAACUGAAUAUUUUGCUGUCUUUGCGCCACCAAAACAUUGUGCCUCUGGUUGGAGUAUGCACAAGGCCUUUGGCUCUGGUGCUGCAACUUGCACCUAUGGGAGCUCUUGAUUCAAUUCUCAAAAAUUAUCGAAGAUCUGGAGCCAAGUUGGAUGUUUAUGUGAUACAGAAAAUUAUUUUUCAAAUUGCCAAAGCUUUGGAGUAUCUCCAUCAACAGCAUAUUAUUUAUCGUGAUCUUAAGUCUGAAAAUGUUCUCGUUUGGGAAUUGCCUCCUCCCUUCCACCCUUCAACACCAAUACCAAAUGUAGAAGCAAAACUUGCAGAUUAUGGAAUCAGCCGAUCCACAUUGCCAACCGGAACAAAGGGCUUUGGUGGAACAGAGGGUUUCAUGGCACCAGAAAUUAUGAGAUAUAAUGGUGAAGAAGAAUAUACAGAGAAAGUUGACUGCUUUUCUUUUGGAAUGUUUAUGUACGAAUUGGUUACACUUCACCAACCUUUCGAAGGUCAAGAAUGUGUCAAAGAUCACAUAUUAGAUGGUGGUAGACCGAAUUUAACAAAAAGGGAAAUAUCAUAUCCAACCUACAUUCUUGACUUGAUGACCCUGUGCUGGUCCCAGCAACCCAAAGACAGGCCAUCAGCCAGCCAAAUAGUUUCCAUUUCACAAGCACCAGAGCUUACCCAUUUGAUUGACGUUGCUUCAUUGCACGACCAGAUGGCUGUGUUAAGUGCUUGUGUGAUCACAUUGCCUCCUAAAAAUGAAGAUCAUUCGGUUCAAGAUAAUUUGUGGGAGCUGUGGUUCAGUCGGUUAGGAAAACAAAUGGAUAUCUUGACUUGCAGUCAGAAAUCUUGGUUAGAAUACAAAACCCUGACAAUAGAAACAGUUACUGUAACAUGCUUAUGUGUUGUCGAUAAUGACUUGUGGCUUGGAGAUUCAAAAGCAAGAAUACAUAUUUACAAUAUUGCUAAUCAUACAAUGAUCAGCUCAUUUUCUGUUGACCCCCAUGCUCCCACUGUAUCUGCCAUUCGAAGUAUGUGUACCCUCCCAGGACAAAAUGGUGUUGCCAUGGCUACCAGUGGGGGUCAGCUGUGGUUAUGUUGCAUUGACCAUCCCAAGCUGGAAACAUCUGAGGAGGAAGAUAUUGAAGUUGAAAAGGAUUCUGCUCUCUACAAUAUCGAAGAACUGGCUAAUAAUGGAGGAUCAAUAUUUUGCAUAACAACUAUUGAUUUGGGAAAUAAUUGUUGUGAACUUUGGUGUGGACAAACUCAAGGAAAAAUCUCUAUUUACUCUGCAAAGGAAUCUGUCAUCACAAAUCAAGAAAUAGUGUACCACUAUGAUUCUGUUGUUGAUAAUUUGGAUGUGUAUCAGUUGGUGGGAGGAUUCUGUGAGAAACCAGUUGUUUGGUCUUAUGUGUAUCCUGGUUGUGUUGCAUAUCAGUGGGAUACUGCUAAUCGAACGAUCCUACAUAAACUGGAUUGCUCUAAGUUGGCUCCCUGUUCAGAGAGCUUGAUGUCUAUCAGUAUUGAAGAACGUUUGAGUCCUGGACGAUGUCAAGUGACAGCGAUGGCAAGUGUGGGAAGUGAUCUGUACAUUGGCACUACAUGGGGCUGCAUUGUAGUAGCAGAAGGAACCACCAUGAGACCUAUCACCAUUUUCCGCCCCUUCGAAGAAGAAGUAAAAGCCAUCUUACCUCUCUUCGGGCAAAUAUCAACUGAUGGCAAAGAUUCAUCAGCCUCCAAUGCUGUGCCUUAUAUUGCAACUGUGGGAAAAGGUUACCGAAACCUGAUAGGUCGCUAUGCUACUGUUAAUGCUCCGACGCUGCUGCAGGACAACAUGUACCUGCUACUAUGGAGAGCUGAUAACUGGGCUUCUGCCUAACAAGUUGAAGUCUUUUCCAACUCAGAAAGAAAUAUUUUAUGAACUUACAUGCACAUUUAUUGCAAAAAAUUCUUGAAUAUGCAACGGCAGAGUAGCGAAAUGUUUAUAGCUUUUAAAAACCCUGCUCUAGAUUUCCCCAAUAAAAAAUGUCGACUAAAUUGCUGUUGCAGAAUGACGUAUCAUGAUACCUGUGUAAGUUGACCUCAAGCCAUGCAGUACUUUAGUGGUCAACUUAAACAAGUGGUCAACUUGUAGAGUUUGAUAUAUAUAUGGAAAAGUACCAAUUCUGUACCUGACAAGAGCAGACAACUUAGACAGGUAGUCAACUUUACAGGUUUUACUGUAACGAUUUUAAGGACUUGUCCUUUUGAUGGGUUUCUAAAGACUACAUGAAGAAUUGACUCAAGCAUCAUUGAACAAAGUUCAGAGAAAAACUAUUGCUUCAUUAUUUUCAUGGAGCAAUUGGCAGCCAGAAUGUUACUUCGAACAAUUCUUCGACAUCAAUGCAUUCUGAAUAAAAAUGUCUAAAUUGUGAUUCAUUUUCAAUUGGAAAAUCGAGUGAAAAGGGCGUUAUCACCCAACGUUAGACUGAAAUUGAUGAGAAAAUGUGUAUAGACAUUAUACAAGUCUGUGAUAUUAGACUUUUUAUAUAAAUAACUAUAUGUUAUAUUCAAUUAAUGAAAUUAUAAAAAAAAAAUUUCUUUAAGCAUCAAUUUAGCUGUACAGUAGCUCUGUGUUUCGACAGCUUACAGAAUUUAGAAGGCCAAGCAUAUUUGAAAUGUCUUAACACUGCAGCUUAUUAAGUUGACUCAGUUUCAUACUUCUCACUAUUUAUUCUGCUUAAUAGAUUUGAUUGAAUUAAUUUUUUUCGUCACGUCAUAAAUGUCACCCCUCCCACCUUCUUUUUACUUACUUUCAAAUCUGAAAAAUAAAGUUUUAUAUACUGU